AUGUAUACCUUAGCCGUUUCAAGCCCAAGUUGGUCCAACUUUAGACAGAGAUUUAGCAAUCUUUUAGGAAGAAAUGCUUCAGAAGCAAGUGAGUUAGAAUCAGAGAAGGACAACAAGGAGUCAACAGGUUUAAGGAAGAUAGAACCAGAAAGACUAUACAUUUUGCGUAAAGAGACAAGAAAGGAAGGUUUAUGGGAAAUUUCAAUAUCAGCAAAGAAAAUUAUUAAGAGUUGCAGGUUAGAUGUGUUUUUAUCAAGAAGAACAACAGAAAAGAAUGAUAAGGAGUUUGAAUCAUAUCAAAAAGGUUUUUUGUUAGCAGAAAGACCAUUACUAGCAGCACUAGCUCUAUUGGAUGUAGUUCAAGAGUCUGGAGUCCCAGAACAUUUCAUAAACAGUGAAUUAAGAUUAAAAUUAGUUAGUAGAAUAGAAGACUCUAUCUACUUACUACAACAUGAAGCAGAACCUUGCGAGUCAAUUAAUAACGAAGAAGACACCGGCUGGUUAUUUGGGUUCGAAAUUAGAGAAGUCAUUUGUCAAGAAGCUAAAUUUGCAAAAAACAACAGUAGAUUGGCAGAAGGUUCACCUCGGGCACAUAUCGUGGAACAAACAGAGAGGAAUGAAGAAGAGAGAGAUCCAGAAAAUUCAACCAGGUCGAAGGCUUUAAGAAUUCUUAAAAAAUUGGCAAAAGUUAACAAAGGAUCAAUAGGUGAUAAGUAUAAUAAGAAAGGGUUUGGAUCUGAACCUGAAACACCAUCCAAGCAAGGAAUUCAAAUUGAAGAAAGCAAUAAGAGAGGUGAAGAAUACAGAUGGAAUUUUAUGGAAAUCGAACCUAUUUGUAAUAAAACAGAAAGAGGGAAAGAAAAGAGCAGUUCUGGAUGUAAGAGACUUGAACAAUGCGAUACUAUACAGACAUUUCAAGAUGACAACGAUAUGUACAGUGAAGGAGAGUCUUCAUACAGGAGAUUGGAUGACGAAAUUGGACAUACAGGAUGCAUACCUUCAUAUCCCUCUAAUAAUGCUAUUUGGCAUCAUGUGUGCACUGAGAGUGUUCACGAAAGUUAUGACAGCAGCCUUAACACCUCUGCACUUACAAGAGAUUCAAGUGAUAUGCUAUAUAGACGAUAUUCUACUAAUUGCCAGAACAAAGGAGUAGUUCAACAGACAUACCAGACUAGUGAAGAAUCAAUUACAAAAUUUGGGAUUCAUUCUGAACAAGAAGAAAUGUCACAUGAUACCUACCAGACAACAGGAGUUUCUAGGAUUCAUAAUAGAUACAAAUUUGAUGGAAAUAAAAUUGCCAAAGAAAAAAAUAAAGAAGUUGAAAAAGGAAAUCAGAUCAAUGUUGAGAAAGAACUUUUUACCAUUGAGGAAGCUAGCAUCAGUGAUUGGUCUCUUGAAUACAACAACAGAAGCGGUUCUGCCAGCAAAACUAAAAUACAGGAACUUGAUAAGUGGAUUGUCAGAAUUAGCAAAGAAGGAGUUAGAAUGGUGGCUGACAUCACUGGAGGACUGAAAUGGCAGAGCAAUACUGAUUCUAGUACCGACAGAAGAAGCUUUUACAGAUGCACCCAACAUGAGAUAGGGCAUCACAACACAGAAAAUGAAAACAUUUGGAUACUAGAUGACACAAGAAUUGCAAGAGUCAAUAACCAUAAGAGAACUGAGGACAAUUGCAUUUCUGAUCAAAAUAAACAGCAAAAGAUGGAGAAACCAGUCAAUAAGGGUUUGGACAGACAACAUGACAGCUUGAUCAUAUAUCAACAAACAAGGAGGAACUCAGUUUCCACGUCUGAAUUCAAUAGCACAGAAGAUUUGGGAUAUAUGUAUGAAUUACAGAAUCAAUCUUCAAGCAGAAUAUAUUCCAGUAAGAAAGAAUAUACAAGCAGAUGCUCUAAGCUGACAGAAAAUAGAUCGGAAUGA